AUGGCAACAGGUACACCGGCAACAACCAAGAAAGGCGGAAGAGGCAAACCAAAAACCAAAUCCGUUUCAAGAUCAAGCAAAGCCGGUCUCCAGUUCCCCGUGGGCCGUAUCGCCCGGUUUCUCAAAGCAGGUCGUUACGCUCAGCGUGUUGGAUCUGGUUCACCAGUUUACCUCUCUGCUGUUCUUGAAUAUCUUUGUGCUGAGGUUUUGGAACUUGCGGGUAAUGCUGCGAGGGAUAACAAGAAGACAAGGAUUGUACCGAGACACAUUCAACUUGCUGUGAGGAAUGAUGAGGAGUUGAGCAAGUUAAUGGGAUCUGUUACUAUUGCUAAUGGCGGUGUUUUGCCUAACAUUCAUCAGAAUUUGUUGCCUAAGAAAGUUUCUGGAAAAGGGAAAGGGGAGAUUGGAUCUAUUAGUCAAGAGUUUUAG